CGCAACAUGUAUCUCCUCAUUCUGGUCCUUGGGAUUGUGCUUCUCCCUGAAGCCAGUAGCCUGAACUGUUAUGAGUGCACACCACCGACUGAAAACUGCACUGACAUACCAAAAACAUGUCCUUUAGAGAAGAAUCGGUGUGCUUCAACAAGACUUGUGUCUUAUUUAGGUGCCUCAGAACUUCAGAAUGUCACUGGAAAAUCAUGUGUUGAGCCUAAGGACUGUGGGGAGCACUCACUCAAUACUGGACUCUCCAGAGACGUAGUAAGCAUCACGUGUUGCACCACCAAUUUCUGCAACUUCAAACCUGCCCCAGCGGUCUCCCCAAGCUUUCAAAAUGGCAAAAAGUGCUACUUUUGUGAUGGACAAACAUGUAGCAAUACUGUAAACUGCCUGGGGAAUGAGUACUACUGCAUGACAACAACAGUGCAUACAGAUGGCCAACAGGUGACUUUGAAGGGCUGCGCCUCCACAAGUUUCUGCUCAACCACACGAACUGCACUGAUGACACGAGCCACUAUUGGAGACAUUAACUGCUGUCAGGGCGACUACUGCAACAGUGAAAGUUCCAGUACCCUGAGAUGUUAUGAAUGCAUACCAGGACCGACUGGAACCUGCACUGAAACAACAACACAAUGCCCUUCAGAGAGGAAUCGGUGUGCUUCAACAAGAAUUGUGUCUUAUUUAGGUGCCUCAGAACUUCAGGAUGUCUCUGAAAAAUCAUGUGUUUUGCCUGAGUUGUGUGGGCAGCACUCACUCAAUACUGGACUCUCCAGAGACAUAUUAAAUGUCAAGUGUUGCAGCACCAACCUCUGCAACACACAACCUGCCCCAGAGGUCGUCCCAGACGGUUUAAAUGGCAGAAAGUGCUACUUUUGUGAUGGAAAAACAUGUAGCAAUACUGUAAACUGCCUGGGGAAUGAGUACUACUGCAUGACAACAACAGUGUAUACAGAUGGCCAACAGCCAGUGACUAUGAAGGGCUGCGCCUCCACAGGUUUCUGCUCAACCACACCAACUACACAGAUGACACGAGCCACUAUUGGAGAAAUUAGCUGCUGUCAGGGCGACUACUGCAACAGUGCCAGCAGUACAAGUGCUGGGCUCAUGCUGCUGGUGGCACCACUGAUCUCUUUGCUUCUGAGCUGAUGGAGAAAGAAGAAUCACUGCCCAGAUUUGCUUCACUGUGUAGACUCGUAGCACUUACUGCCUC